UAUGUUGUUAGGCUCAAAUGGACAUAGGAGUUGAAGUAUAACACAAAUAACACACUUCAACACUUAUACCAACAAACCCAUAUGUAGCUAUACAGGAGGAGGUUCAAGAUGUAUGUAAGAAUACAUGCGAUGCUGAAGACCUAGCUGAUCUGUAGCCCCAUCCCUUCAGCCUCACUAAUAUUGACACCAUGGUGAAGUUGACACUCGACCUCAUUGCCAGGGGCACCUCUGGGUAUACAAAAAAGAAGCGUGAUGAAUCUAUGCAACAGUAUCUCAAACGACUGACACAUUUGUAUUUGGAAGACAGAAGCAUUGAUGAUGUGGGAGACGAUAUCGGCAUGUGCCGCAAUCUGACAGUAUUAUAUUUGUAUGACAACCAGUUGAACAGGAUACCCUCCCUACAUCACAACAUGAACCUGACCAUGUUGUACCUACAAAAUAAUGAUAUCUGUAAAGUAGAAAACCUUGCCCCACUGACUCGUCUCCAGAAAUUGUACUUGGGAGGUAAUUGUAUAACUGUUUUAGAAGGCCUAGACAAAAUGGACAAACUUCAGGAACUUCAUGUUGAAAACCAAAGGCUACCUCCAGGAGAGAAACUGUUGUUUGACCCAAGGUCUUUAAGAGGAAUAGCUUUGUCGCUACAGGUGCUCAACGUGUCCGGUAACGGACUGGAUAGUAUCCGCGACAUGAUUGGUCUGAGGAACGUUUCCCAGUUUAUGGCCAAUGACAAUGAGUUAAGUGACAUGAAGGACCUGGCACACAACUUCGGUAACUGGCCUGUGUUAUGGCGGCUAGAACUGAUGGGAAACCCUGUAUGCCACAAGGCAAAGUACAGAGACAGGAUCAUUGUGAUGGCAAAAACUCUGGAGGUACUAGAUGGAAAAGAAAUAACUGAAACAUCAAGACAGUUUCUUAGAAAAUGGCACGCAAAUAAAGAAACACAGAAAAAGAAACGAGAUGAAAUUUAUCAGAGAAGCGCGUACACAGACUUGGGAGAUGGUCAUCAAAGAUCGUCGGAGUUACCUCCGGUAAAGGAUCCUACCCGCCCUGUGAAAAGCAGUCAGAUCCCAGGCUACAUGAUGCCAGGACUCAUGAUGAAAGGUUUUGAAGCCCGUAGGUCUGCUAAGAAGCAUAGAAGCGGACUCCCUAGGAAACAGUUUGACGAGUUAUUGGCCCGAACGGCCACCAUGGAGCCUCCCUCAAGGGAGAAACAGCCAACCCCAGUGAAAGCUAAGAGUGGGGUUCUUAGAUCAAAACAAGCUGACGAGUUUGCAACACUACCACCUUCCUCUUCAACAGUGGCCUCAGCACCACUCAGGCGACGCCCACUUAUGAGUAUGACCUUUGAACUGUCUGGAAACCUGGACAGCACCCAACACAUACACUCCGGGAUGAUCAUACACUGACAUAAAUUGACUUCAGAGGUCUCACACGUUAAACACCAAUAUCAUGGCCACAGAAUGAGGAUGUGUGAAUUAAGUGUUCUGUUUCAUACGCAGAGUGUUUGACGCCAGAAAUCAGCUGUUGGGUGUUUUAUACAGCAAUCAUAUGACGCUUAAGUAAACCUUUUGAAGGGUGCUUGAUCUUCUCAAUAUUGUCUCAAUAAAUAGUGACUUUGUACUGGAAUCAAUGCUGACCUUUUCGGGAGACUGAAUACUUUAAUCAUAGCUUGUAGACCUUGACCUUUGACCUAAUUGCUGGCCUGACAAUGUACAGGGUGCCAUAUGCAUAUAUAUACCUGAUACAUGAACUGGAAGGAAUAGCUGUCUUUAACAGAAGACCAAUGUUCUAAGAAGGUGUUCCGAGCAAACGACACACCAAGGUUCCUGGAACAAUAUGACACACUGAGAUUCCAAGAAUGCUGUUUGUCAUCUGCACUUUUCACUGCAGACUCAGCAAUCUCAAUGAUAUAUUAAGUAAAUCACUUGACCAGGUAAUCUGGUGGUGUCUUUACUGGAAAAAACUUGUGAACUGACGUAUUUUUAACACAAUUCUACUGAAGAAUUUGUUUUGUCUGUUCUCACCACCAGUAGAAAAUGUAUUACAGUCUCUGUAUGCUUUGGAAUUAUAGAUUGAAUAGGGUUUUUACAAUAAUAAAUGAUAUUUUAUCUUCCAAACAGUUGUAUACAUUGUUCAGCAUAUCUCAGAGGGCACACUCUAGACCUCUUGGUCAACUGGGGCUGAAGACAUUUUACUUUUUUGUUCUUGUGUGAUUUUAAUUGACCUGUAAAUUAUCUGAUGAUUUAAAAGUCAUUUAUCUACAAAAUCUUGUUAAGUGCAAUUUUGUUUGUUAGUAAGUUAUGAAUAACAAUAUAUAUACCAUAUAGUAUAGGAGAAUUAUUUUCUCAGAACACAAAGUAAAAUUCACCGUUUGAUACCAGUUCUUCAGUAUCUAUUUUUGUACACUUUUUGUCUCAUUUUCAUUGACGGCUUGGCUCAGUACAACCCUAUCAGUAUUACAGUGUUAACAGCGAUGUCUAUACACAUUACAAUAUUAACUCAUAUACCCCUGAAGACACAUUUGAACUCUUUCCAAUUCAAUGGUUGGAAUAGUUCAUUAUGAAAUUUCAGGGAUGGAUGAGUUAACUAUUUAUAUUUGUCUACACAUUACAAUGUAUUAUGUGGUACAGUACCCUAGUUAUAACCAGACAAUUCAGUCUAUGAAAAUAAAAUCUGAACAACUAUUUUUUAGAAACUUAUUAUUAAGCUACUUAGUUUUAAGCGGUGUCCAGAUUAACAAGGUGUUCUGGAUGUUAGUGUCUGGAUAAACACAAUCCCACUGUGUUGUCUCUCCGUCCCGUGUAGAUAAAUAGUUUGGGUAAAGGUGCUAUACCAUUAUACCGUCCACUUCCUGUUUAUAUAAUCAAUGUAACUUUUGAGUGUUAAUAUAUUGUUUGUUAAAAUCUCUGUGAUAUCAAUUAAAUUAUUCCUUUCAUAUUGUUUAAGUGUGCUUGUAUUUUCCAACUGGCUAGAAUUCAUCGAUUAACAAAUUUUUCAAUGAACUUGCUGCAAGCAUUGCUAAAGAAUGUCUUGUCAGUCCAGUAUUUUUACACAAUAGGCCUACGUGUAGAUGUUGCUUAUUAGCUAACUCUCAUUGCCUGUAAUUUUUAUCAGUCAGGACCAUCUACAAAUAAUUCAUAGGUCCGGAACAAAAAUAUGUAUAUGUAUCUGGUAUAUGCGACUGAUGGUAAUAUUUUUCAAUGUAUUUAAUGAGAAUGUCAGUAUUAAGUCAGUAUUUGAUUUAUAAAACUGUGUUGUCACUUGGAUAAGUGAGUGUCAGUUUGUGUGAGAGUGAGUGUGGAUAGGUGAGUGUCAGUUUGUAUGAGAGUGAGUGUCAGUUUGUGUGAGAAUGAUUGUGGAUAGGUGAGUGUCAGUUUGUGUGAGAGUGAGUGUGGACAGGUGAGUGUCAGUUUGUGUGAGAGUGAGUGUCAGUUUGUGUGAGAAUUAUUGUGGAUAGGCGAGUGUCAGUUUGUGUGAGAAUGAUUGUGGAUAGGUGAGUGUCAGUUUGUGUGAGAGUGAGUGUGGAUAGAUGAGUGUCAGUUUGUGUGAGAGUGAGUGCGGAUAAUGAUUGUGGAUAGGUGAAUGUCAGUUUGUGUGAGAGUGAGUGUGGACAGGUGAGUGUCAGUUUGUGU